AUGGAGUUCACCAAAAAUCGCCAUUCGUCUUAUUAUCGACAACGAAUUGAGCCAAUUGGGGUAGCACAUAGUGGUCGACAUAUUCAAGGUAGUAAAACAUCCAAAAAAGAUGCUCAACUUCAUAAGAUGUUAGCAAAUCAAAUUCUCGUUUUUAUGAUUCUCAAUAUGCCAAAUCCAUGCUUUCUUGUUUAUAAGGCAUUAACUGUAAAUACUUCGAAAUCACUACUUCACACUACAACUGAGGACUUCGCUGGUAAUAUGACAUAUGCUCUUAUUCAUCUUAGAUUUUCAUUAACAUUUAUUAAUUUUAUUGUGUCAUCAGAUAUGUUUCGAAAAGAAUUUUUACAACUAAUUCGAGCAAAGAUACUUCGUCAACAUCCAAUACCCGUGGCAACUGUGAAGAAAGAUUACAACAAAAAUUGUGAAAUCAAAUGA